AUGAGGAACAGUUCACUUCUAUCUUCUUCCAGUGUUUCAGUAACAUCUAAUGGUUACCCUGAGAACUUGGUAAGCAGAUCUUCUGGUUCAGAGAGGCCGUUGGAGCAUUCCUUUCUGCUUCCAAAUGAAGUCCCAGGGAAGCACAGUGGAAGUUUCCUGGAUGAUGCAGCUAAUGCUGAUUUCAGUGCUGCUGUUGACAAGGGAGAGAGUAGCAUAAUCCAAAAAUAUUUACCAAUGGACUUUGACACUUGGGAUGACUCAAUAGCGUCACCACAGCAUUUUUCGAAAUUAUUGGGUGAAACUGAUAGACUGCCUGGCUGUAGCUCUCAAAAUGUCAAGUCCUUGGAAAGUACAAAUUAA